AGACAGGCGAUGGCAGCCCGGGAGGACUGGCGGGGGUGGGGGGAUGAAGAAACGCAGAGACCAAGGUGAGACCAAGGUGACCGCCGGUUCCUGGCCUCCUCCCCACCCCACCUCUUCAAAUGUCUGGCACUUUCUUGGGGAGGAAGCCGGCGGCGCUGGCAACCUGAGGCCUUCUGAUUUCAAGAUUGUUCUUUUGUAGGCACUGAAGGAGGCUCAAAAAAGCUUCAUAUUUCUCUGCUGCACCUCCUUUAAUAAAAAGAUUUGUCCCGUCAAAAUUGGAUUCAGCCAAAAGGCUGUAUUUAAGAACCUAGAAUGCCCCACGGGGCCUGAAAGUCGCCGGUUCCUCACUCGCGCCCAGGAAUCAGGCGAAGCGGCUCGGCGCAGACGCGGGUAGCUGCCACCGCUGGAGCGAGCAGGUGGCUGUGCCGCGCUCCUGCCCCAGGUCUGAGAGCACCAGGCAGGUGACCAAGCACACAGUCCGCCAGCCACACCGCGGCGACACCUCCGUGGUCACCACCCCGCAGGCCUCCGCUGGGAAACGUGGGAAGUUGCGGUGGGAGUUAUGGCGGAGACUGGCGGGGGAGGUGACAAGCGCGCGGCGAGCUGUAGCGUGUCCUGGGAAGGCUGCUGUCCGACGGCUUUGCCCUCUCCCUCUGCAGUGGGGACGCUAGACUCCAGGGACACUGGGGAGCCCGGGAGACGAGGAGCGAGGACGAGGAGGGGGACGAUCCUGGGCUUGCGCUGGCAUGACCUGUCCUGCGCCCAUAUCGGUGGAACACGCAGACAUCCGUGUCAAGAGCUAUGCCGUGCACUCCAGGGAGCGAUACGUCUGUAACACUGGCUUCAAGAGGAAAGCCGGCACGUCCAGCUUGACCGAAUGCGUGUUCAACAACGCAACAAACACCACCCACUGGACAACUCCCAACCUUAAGUGUAUCAGGGACCCCUCCCUGGCUCACAAAAAGCCACCACCCUCCACAGCAACGGCAGGGGUGACCCCACAGCCAGAGACCCCCUCCCCUUCUGGAAAAGAGCCCGCAGCUUCCUCUCCCAGGCCAGAGGCCACAGUGGGUGCAGAGACGGCUGUGGCACCGGGCACCCCCUCCAAACCUCCUUCCGCAGGACCCACAGGCACGGGCAGGCACACGUCCCCCCAGCCUCCCUCGCAGACAACUGCUGGAACCCCAGAAGGCACACCCUCUGCCUCCCACCAGCCGUCAGAUGCGAAUCCUUCCAGCUUCAAAGGUGUCAUCGUGCCUAUCUCCACCUCCGCUGUUGGGCUCGUCGUGGUGAUCGCAGUCAUCCUGCUGAUGUGUCACAUGAUCAGAUCAAGGCAAACUCCGCGGCGGCACAGUGUUGAAAUGCAAACCGUGGAAGCUCUGCCAAUGACCAAAAGCACAGAGGAAGACGGGGAAACCGGUCCACACAGCCUCUGAAACGCAGGGAGACCAGCCCGCCUACGUCUGGGAGGAGCCCCCUCCACAUUAGCUGCAGAGGAGGAGAAGACAGGCAGGGGGUGGCAGUAGGAACACGCUCACCUAGACAGUCAGACACCUCUGGUGUGAUCUCCCCAGCUAUGCCCGGCCCAGGCGCCGCCUGGGUGAGCAAGAAGGUUCUCCACUGUUCAGACGGAUGCCACCUGUGCACCUGCCCAGCACAGGGGAUGGCUUCCCAAGGUUCAAGAAGCUGAAGCUCCCCGGGGAGAGACUGAAGGCUCCAGGGCAGGUUUUAUUUCAGUGCGACAUGUAUUCAGAACAGCUAUCGAGGUUGUAAAACCUUGGUUUACAGAGAAAAGUAACAUAUGUGCACCAGGCUCUCAGUCAGUUCAGAAGCCCCUCCCAGCUUGGGAGCUGUCUGCAGGGAAGAGCCAGGCAUUGGAGCGCGCACCCUGCCCCCCACCACUGUGUCCAGCUGUCCCGUGUGUGCUGAAGGGGAGCCAGAGAGGCAGGGGAGACUCUGAGCCCAGGGAAUCUAGAUCCAAGGGUCAGAAAGAACAGAAGGGAAGUCACUGACACUUCGGAUACAUACGCCUUUAUAUUUAUACCCCCUUCUCUACUGUAUCCACAUGUUGAAUGUGACUUGCAUUUUGCAAUUGUGCCUUGUGAAAACAAAAUAAAAUAUCUAUUUUCAAUA